UGACUCCUGUUUCCCAGUUUUAAUCUGUGUGCCUUCACUGUAAUUGACCAUAACCUGGGAUAGAACAGCUUUUCUGAAUUCUGUGAGUCCCACCUGGUGAAUCCUUGAAAUGGGGGUGAUCUGGGGACCCCUGUAAAGCAAGGUCUUCCCUGGGUGGACAAGGCAGGGAAGGGAUGCUGAGGCAGAGACGGACAAGGUCUGAAAAAGCUCAGACUGUUUGCAGAGAACUGAUACCACUGUUCAUCAAGCGCCCGUGGGUAAAGUGGGCACUCUACAUACCUGUCUCCCAAAUGCCUUGUGCCCGCUUGCCCCAGCGUGGAUGUUUUUGGCAUUCAUCUUAAUUUUCAGACACAGCAUGCUCCCUUAUGUGUUGAUUCCAAACCGAGUGCCUCUCCCUCCUCACCCUAACCUGCUCCUGAUUGAUCCUCACUCCCAUUGCAGACACUGCAGCUGAUGUCCCAGGGGGGAGGCCAUUUGCCUACAUCUUGCAGGCCCGCAGUGGAGGAGCCAGCCUUCCAGCCAGGCCCAUGGACCCCAUGGUAUACAUUCCUUCUGCUGGUAUCGAGAGAUAUGGAUGCAGAGAGAGAAACUCUACAGAGCACCGCCUGUCCUGAAGUGCAGACCUUUUGCCAGAAGCACGGCCUGAUGUUUGAGGUCGUUGAUCUGAGGUGGGGUAUUCAGAACACAGAGGCCACUGAUCACAUGACCACGGAACUCUGCUUGGAAGAGCUUGACCGGUGUCGGAAAACAUCCACAGGGCCAGCAUUUGUUGCCCUUGUAGGUGACCAGUACGGACCCUGUCCAGUCCCCACGCUGAUCGAAGAGAAGGAGUGGGAGGCACUGAGAGCCCAGAUGACUUACAGACCACAGGACCUAGAGCUGGUGGCUCGACGCUUCCGCAGGGACGAGAACGCAGUGCCCCCCGCCUACCUGCUGCAGGCCCCCGGUGCUGGGGAGCCCCACGGACCCGAGGAGGCCACCUUGACCUCCGUGCUGCGCUCCGGAGCUCAGGAGGCCUGGAGGCUGGGCCUCAUCACCCAGGAGCAGUGGCACCGCUACCACCGGUCAGUCAUCGAGUGGGAGAUACAACGGGGCCUGCUGAGCCCAGCAGGCGGGCACCAGGGAGCUACUGUCUUCCUGAGAGAGAUCCAAGACCUCAACAAACACAUCCUGGAAGACUGUGCCCUCAAGAUGGUGGACCGGCUUGCAGACGGCUGCCUGGACACGGAUGCCCAGAACCUUCUCAGCAGCCUCAAGGGGCGCAUCGCUGACACACAGCCUGGAGUUCUCAAGGCCCACCACCUGCCGUGGAGCCGAGACCUGGUGAACCCCAAGAAUAAGGCUCAUGCCCGGUACCUGAAGGAGCUUGGGGAGCAGUUUGUGGCCAGGGCCAACCACCAGGUCCUCGAGCACCUCCGGGAGCUGGAGGUGGGCAGGCAGGAGUUGGCCUGGCUCUACCAAGACAUCCGCCACCACCUGGGGCUGAGUGCCGAGGCCAUCCGAACCUUUUGUGGUCGCCAGGAGCUCCUGGCACAGCUGGGGCAGCAGCUCCGACAGAGCGACAGCCACCCCCACACGCCCCUGGUGCUUUUCGGUCCCCCGGGCAUUGGAAAGACAGCUCUGAUGUGCAAGCUGGCCGAGCAAAUGCCGGGGCUGCUCGGCCGCAAGACAGUGACCGUCCUGAGGCUCCUGGGGAUGUCACAGAUGAGCUCCGAUGCCCGAGGUCUGCUCCAGAGUGUCUGCUUCCAGGUGUGCCUGGCCUACGGGCUGCCCCUGCCCCCUUCCCAGGUCCUGGAGGCCCACUCCAGGGUGGUCCAGUUUUUCCACAUCCUCCUGCAUACUGUCUCCUGUAGAAACUUUGAGUCCCUCGUGAUCCUGCUGGAUUCCCUGGAUGAUGUGGAUGCCAUCUGCCGUGCACGGAGGGUCCCCUGGCUUCCUCCUCUGUGCCCUCCGAGGGUCCACCUUAUCCUCUCGGCCUGCUCAGGGCAGCAGGUUUUGGACACCGUGCGGCAGACGCUCAAGGACCCCAAGGCCUACUGGGAGUUGACAUCCCUUUCUGGAAGCCAAGGACAGGAAAUGAUUCAGCUCCUGCUGGCAGCCUCCAGGAGGACACUGAGCCCGGUGCAGAGGGACCUGCUCUGGGCCAGCCUCCCAGAGUGUGGGCACCCGGGCCGACUAAGGCUGGCUUUUGAGGAGGCCCGGAAAUGGGCCUCAUUUACUGUGCCCACCCCUCUGGCCUCCUCUGCCAAGGAAGCAAUGCACCAGCUGUGUGCCCGCCUGGAGCAGACACACGGGCAGCUCCUGGUGGCCUGCGUGCUGGGCUACAUCGCCUCUUCCCGGCAGGGGCUCUCAGAGGCAGAGCUGAAGGAUGUCCUGUCGUUAGAUGAUGAGGUCCUGCAGUCCGUGUACCGGGACUGGACCCCUCCCAGCAAAGAACUGCUGCGUUUCCCACCCCUGCUGUGGGUGAGGCUGCGUCGCGAUCUGGGUAACUAUUUGGCCAGGCGGCCUGUGGAUGGCUUCACACUCCUGGCCAUCGCCCACAGACAGCUGGCCGAGGUGGUCCAAGAGCGCUACCUGUCUGGGCCCGACAGAGCCAAGAGACAUGGCGUCCUGGCCGACUACUUCUCGGGGGCCUGGAGCCAGGGCACCAAGAAACUCAUCACCCUGCCACUCGUGGGGAAGCCCCUGAACCUGGACCGUAAGGUGGCCCCUCAGCCCCUGUGGUUCUCAGACACUGUUGCAAACCUGAGGAAACUGAAGGAGUUGCCCCAUCACCUGCUCCACUCGGGCCGCAUUGAGGAGCUGAAGCAAGAGGUUCUGGGCAGCAUGAACUGGAUUUCCUGCCGGGGCGUUUCUGGGGGCAUCGAGGGCCUGUUGGAUGACUUUGACCUGUGGGCCCCUCACGUGGACUGUCCCGAGGUCGGCCUUGUCCGGGAAGCCCUGCAGCUGUGCCGCCCGGCCGUGGAGCUCCUGGGCAUGGAGAAGAGCAUCCUGUAUACAGAGCUCCUGGCCAGACUGCAUUUCUUCGCCAUCUCGCAUCCAGCACUGGUGGGACAGCUGUGCCAAGAGGCCCAGAGCUGGUUCCGGGUGUGCCCACAUCCUGUGCUGGUGCCGCUUGGAGGAUUCCUCCAGCCCCCAGGAGGACCCCUCCGGGCAACCCUCACUGGCUGUCACAAGGGCAUCACCGCCAUGGCAUGGAGCCUAGAAGAGAAGCUGCUAGUGGUUGGUACCCAGGAUGGCACCAUGGCCGUAUGGGACAUGGAAGAGCAGCAGGUGAUCCACAUCCUACCUGGCCACACAGGAGAGGUGAGGUACGUGAAAGUUUUUGCCAAGGGGACACUUGCCAUCACUGCUUCAAAGGACCAUACACUGCGUUUGUGGAACUUACUCUCUGGACAGGAGAAAUUCAACAUUUGGGAUGGAGGCUCCACAGGGCUCACUGAACCUCAAAUCUGGAGCCUUCAUGUGGAUGAGACAAAGAAGGUGGUGUAUUCAGCAUCUGGCUCAAAGGUCAGUGCUUGGAAUCUGGAAACUGCAGAGCUGGUUUUCUGCAUCCUGGGAGAUGCCUCUGACCCCUGGAGGUGCACGGCAGUGCUGGCCUCCCAGGCCACACUGCUGACAGUGUCUGAGGCUGGCGUGGUCAGUCUGUGGAGCUCAGCCACAGGAAAACUGCAGGGGAAGCAACAUUUGUCCAGCAUCAAAGAAGAAGCACCGACCUGUGGGGUCUCAGUCCAGAAACAAGGAAAGAUGGUCACUGGAUUCAGCAAGGGCUCCAUCUCUUUGGUUUCCUCCGAAGGAGACAGCCUGCUGGAGAAGCUUCCAGAAGCUGUGCGGUUCCUGGCACUCUCUGAGGACGGGUCUCUUCUUGCUGCAGGCUUUGGAAGAUCCGUGCGCAUAUACUUGGCCGACUCACAGGGGUUUCACCAAUUCAUGGCCACUGACCUUGAACAUGAGGACACCGUGGAGACAGCCGUGUUUGGUCCUGAGAACAAUCUGAUUGUCACAGGGUCCCGGGACGCACUCAUUCGGGUGUGGAGUCUGUCGGAGCAAGGGACCCUGCUGGACAUCCUGGAGGGUGUCGGGGCCCCUGUGAGCCUGCUGGUCCAGGGUGGGGCCCUGGUGGCAUCUGCAUCCCAGCAGUCUUCGUCUUUUAAAGUCUGGGAUCUCACCUAUGCUCAGCAGCCACGGGCCUCUACCCCAUUUCUGCACCGCACUGGCCUCACUGCAGUGUCACACAACGGAAGCUACGUGUACUUCCCCAAAAUUGGGGACAAAAACAAAGUCACCAUCUGGGACUUGGCAGAAGGUGAGGAACAAGAUGCUGUGGAUAUGCCCAGUGAGGUCAGGUGUCUAGAGGUUGCCCAGCAAGCCAAUCUCCUUUUCACUGGCCUCGUUUCGGGGGUUGUCCUGGUGUUCCCCCUGAAUUCCAGACAGGACGUGCUGUGCAUCCCCCCUCCAGAGGCCCGGAAAGCCAUCAACUGCAUGGCCCUUAGCAAGGGCGAGGAGCACCUGGCCAUUGCUUAUGACAGCAUUGUCCUCGUGCUGGACAUCAGCCCCGGGGAACCCUGUCCGGUCAUUGAUGGGCCAACAUACACCUUCUAUACUCAGCUGCCCGCGACCAUAUCCAGCGUGGCUGUUCUGGCUGACUCCCGCGUGAUCUAUGGCAUGACCAGUGGCGACCUCUUCCUUUACGAGUGCGCAAAUUCCAAAGUGUUCCCUCUGGAGGCCCAUGGGAGCCAGGUCACCUGCGUGGAGGUCAGCCACAAGGAGCAGCUGGCAGUCAGUGGGUCCGAGGAAUCCCUGCUGUGUCUCUGGGACUUACAGGCGUGCAAGUGGAAAUUUGAGAUGAACUACACGAGCUCUUACUGUCAAGGUGUCCAGUGUAUCUGCUUCUCCAAGGAUGACAAGUACGUGUAUGCAGGCUUGAAGGAUCGCUCCAUAAUCGUCUGGAGUGUGCUGGACGGCACCCUGCUGGCUGUCCAGUUCGUCCAUGCCAUGGUGGACAGAAUCAUCCCGACGUCUAAUGGCUUCAUUGCCCCCACGAGACAUGGCUAUCUGAUCCGUGAGCGUUUCCAGUGCCCUUCCUCAAGAGCCUCACAGCAGGACCCUCUCAAGAACUUCAAGAAGGCAGUGUGGAUGGUCAAAGCCAGGCACAGAGAAGAGCUGGCUGCGGCUGCAGGGGCCCUGCAGGAUUCAAGAUCAGGGAGUGCCCAGGGAAAUGAGUCCAAAUCAAACAAACGCUCACAAGUCUGCCUGCUAGUAUAGAAACCCCUUGGGGGGCAGGGGCUGGGAGUCCAGUGAGUGGAAAUGGAACUGAGCAUUCCCAUGAGUUGAAUGGAGCUUCAUUCAAUUUGCCUAAAGCAAAGGAAAUGUAUGUGUUGAUGUAUACCUGGACCCAAAGUCGCAGAUCAUAUGACCCAGACCCAUCUUUCCAUUCUUCUCUCCUCCUCGUUGGCUCUGUUGACAGACCUGUAACCCCCAGGUUAGCAAGAUAGCAGCCAAAUUCAUGAGAAAAGAUCUUUUCCCAGCAGUUUGAGUCAAAGUCCUGACCCCAAUUCUACUGGCUUCAGUUGGCUCGGAUGCCCAUUCCAGAACCACUGCUCCUGGGAGAAUGCAGCAUUGUGAUUGGCUGACCUGACCCAGUGUGAAAUUGGAAUCAACAUCCCCCCCCAUUACGUUGCCUGAGAAUGGGAGAGGCUAUUCCCGGGAGGGAGCCUGGGGUCCUGGCACUAGGCAGAGGGGGAUGGACAGAUAUAAGACCAACCAAACCACACGUGUGGACUAUAGAGCUUUUCAAUGUAUAAAGCAUCAGGUGCUAUGUCUGAUCCUUACAGCCCAUACUUUGGGGGGGGGGGGCAGGAGUUUCUGCAUUUAUUUUACAGACAAGGAAACUGAUUCAUGCAGAGGCAGCUUUGAUUUACUCAAGAUCGCAGGCCUGAGGUGCAAGAGCUCUGAGAAAUGAGAACUAGGAGCUGUCCUGUCCCAGUCCUUGUUGGACCUCUUUCCUCCAAUUUAAUCUUGGAAGCACAACUGUCUGUUCCACUAGUGGCACACUCAAAUGCUCACAGGGGCCAGCAAGCGAUCUUGAUGCUUGCCAUGCACCAGGGUGAGCAAGAGAGAAUGUUGCAGAUCGUGGGAAUGUGGAGGGCACAUGCUCUGUCUUGGGUGGGCAGGGACACCCUGACUCCAUGGAGUGAUUCUGGAGUCUCUGUUGUCUAAGAAAUCCAGACUUUUAUGUGAAAUAGUCUCAUUUUUAAAAGUUGGCAGUUGGCUUAAACCUACAUCUACAGGUACAUUUGGUCUGCGUGACUCUAGUCCAUGAUCUGAAUUCAUGACCCAUACUGGCACUGAAAUAAUCAGCCUGUUACAGUUCUCCCAUCCCUU